AUGUCGAAAUCCAAGAAGGCAGCCAAGCGCAAGCGGCAGAAUGAGCCACAGGGCGGUCCGGUCAACAAGAAGCGAGCCGAUGCGCCUCCGACUCCAGACUCUUCCGACCCCAGCCCCGGAUCCGAGCCCAAGACCCUCCACGCCGUGGUUUCCGAAGAAGAGGUCGAGAUUGCCGUCGACACGCUGCGCACCUUGGCUGAAUACCCAGUUGUCAUCAAGUCCAAGGCCUGCAGGGAGCUGCGCACUGCUGUUUACGACUUCAAGCAGGCCUGCACCACAGGCUUGAACACUAGCGCCGAUGCGAACCUCACGUCCAGAAUAUCUGCGGCAUUGGUGGAUGGGAAAUACACAGAUGCUUUGAUUCUGCUUGCCGAGAUGCGCAUCCGCGGCGAGAGCCCCAAGCUGGGCGCUCUAUGCCGCUGGGUACGAGAAAUCGAUGUCACGAGCGGCUUUUCGAUGGGAGACACCAAGAAUGUGGUCAGGUCAAAGGACCAGCUUGAGCUCCUGCGCGUUCUGGAUGCAAUUUCACGAGUCACGGGCACUGCCGACCUGAACCCUUCGAUUUCCUCGUUUACGCCGUCCGGCCCAUUCAUGCUGCACGAACCAUGGGUGUUGCGUGAUGCAGCAGCCUCACCGACAUGCCAUAUUGAUGAGACCAUUUCUCAAUACAGCCCUGCAGGCGUCAAGGAGAACUUCAAGAUACUAGAAACGACUCGUGGCCCUGAGCGUAAUCCGCCAAAUCUCCACGAUGCUGUCCUCUACCUCAGCAAUGACAAUGCGGUCCCUCUCUCUCCAACGCCACCGCCAACCUCACACCACAAGCACCCCUCAGUGCCGAAUUUGUCACUUAUGAAAGAUGUUCUGUCUGUGGAAGAAUGCAAGUCAAUCAUUGCGGCGACAGAAACUGUGGGGUACUUGCCUGAUGCCCCCAUCAGAGAUGAUGGGGCUGAGGCCAGUAUCCUUGCACACAACGUUUACUGGAUAGUGGACGAGGCCUUCCACGACACAUUGUGGCAGAGGGUUCGACCCUUCAUCCCAUCAGAGAUCGAUGGUAAGAAGGCCCGUGGUAUAAACCGCCGAUUCCGAGUAUACCGCUACGUACCCGGAGCCGAGUACCGAGUUCAUUUUGACGGUGCUUGGCCCCCGUCGGGAGUUCACCCAACAACGGGCAAAUACCUAUGGGACGCUUCGCCGGCCAAUGCAAAGCAGUCUAGCCUUUUCACCUUCCUGGUCUACCUGAACGAUGACUUUGAAGGCGGGGAAACCACCUUCUUCACACCUAGCCUCGUCGAUGGGGUUAUGAACGCCCAUCCAGUGCGGCCGAUCAUGGGCUCGAUCGCUUUGUUUCCACAUGGCGAGAGUAAGGGGGCCUUACUACACGAGGGCACCGGCGUUAGAAGGGGCGCCAAGUACAUUAUCCGGACAGAUGUUGAAUAUGACAUAGAACCGGGCCAAUCCGACUAG